UUGCCCUUCGAUACCGAGGAAUGAACAAAGGGGAUAUAUCAUAAAUUAAAAUGUGUGAUGUUCACUCUGAAUGUGGGGUUAGAGUUUUGCUUGGCACAGAUAUUAAGGGAUGGGGGAAUAAUACAUUAGGCUGAAGAUCUACACCCUGAAGAGCAAGCUGAGAAGGACUGAACCCGUCCUUCUUACUAAAGCGGCAGUUGCCAGUAUGAAAGAUGACGUCCCUCGACAGUCACUGCCAGGAGGUCAGAGGUGAGAGUUGGCGGUGCAGCCACGUGUGUCUCGGUGUCAUGAUGGCUCGGUUGCCGCGCGCUGUGCCGGCGGCCUGGUUAAAGGUUCACAGGAGCCUGCAGAGUGGAGUCGAGGGCAAAGGGGCGGGACACGGAGCGAAUGCAGGCGCUUGGUGGUGGAGACGGAGAAGAAGCUACAACACGGCGCCGACGAAAGCGGCUCUGCGCCUCCCCAGGAUGGAGUACCAGGAUGCAAUAAUGGCACUUAACACUCUUCAGACCAAUGCCAGUACCCUGGAGCAGAUCCGACGGGAACAGCAGCUUGGCCGAACAAAGGGUACUCUGGAAGCAAUGAAAUCCUUUGUUCACCGAGCUGGAAUGAAGAUUGAGGACUUUGAUCAGCUUGCCGUCAUCCAUGUGACCGGAACAAAAGGCAAGGGUUCAACAUGUGCAUUUUGUGAAAAGAUAUUGCAUGAAUAUGGACUAAAGACUGGUUUCUAUAGCUCCCCACAUCUGGUGCAAGUAAGGGAGAGAAUCAGAAUUAAUGGCAAACCAAUCAGCAGAGAACUCUUUACAAAGUACUUCUGGCAGGUUUACAACCGAUUGGAUGAAACUAAGGAUAUUGACUCUGGGGCCAUGCCUGCAUACUUCCGUUUUCUCACCAUCCUUGCUUUCCAUAUCUUUCUGCAUGAGAAGGUUGACCUGGCAAUAAUAGAGGUUGGAAUUGGUGGUGCCUAUGAUUGUACCAACAUAAUUAGACGCCCUGUUGUGUGUGGGGUUUCAUCACUAGGGAUCGAUCAUGUCAGUAUCCUAGGAGACACCAUGGAGAAAAUUGCAUGGCAGAAAGGGGGAAUUUUCAAGCCAGGCGUCCCAGCGUUCACAGUCUCACAACCCAGUGGUCCAAUGUCUGUCCUUGUAGAAAGAGCAAAGGAAAUUGGGUGUUUCCUGCAGCUUUGUCCAGAUUUGGAGGAUUUCUGGUCUGAGGGGGAGAGGUUGAGCUUGGGAUUGGCAGGAGAACAUCAGAAAUCCAACGCAUCUCUGGCGCUGCAGCUAUGCAGGACGUGGUUGCAACAUCAUAACCACCCAGAUUUUCCUCCAUUCCAACAACCUCUGAACUUUGCUGAGAGAUAUGAGAUGCAGCAACCGCCCAUCAGCUCUGGAUUCUGCCUGACUACUCCAAUGAUAAAUGGAUUGCGUGAUACAAAAUGGCUGGGCCGAUCGCAGAUCCUGAAGCGAGGACCAGUGACCUAUUACAUAGAUGGCGCUCACACCAUUGGUAGUAUAAAGGCCUGUGUCAAAUGGUUUCAGGAACAUUCGCUGAAAGAAGCAAAAGCUGUGGGCAGAGGACCCGUGGUGCGGGUACUACUGUUCAAUACAACAGGGGACCGUGAUGCUGCUGCACUACUGAAGCUGCUCAUGCCUUGUCAGUUUGAUUUUGCUGUCUUUUGCCCCAAUCUCUUGGACAUGGCACAGAAUCUGAAUGCUAGCAAGUGUGGUCUUGAUCAGAAAAAUUACACUGUCUCUCUGGAGAACAUGCUCAGCCGUUGCCUUGAUAACCAUCGUGCCUGGUGUAAACUUACAGAGGUGAAGCAUGAUAAUUUAUGGAACUUAACAGGCAGUACCCUAGAAGGCUCCACCACAUUUGUUACGAGAGGUGGUUUGGAUGAGGAAAUGCUACUGUUACGUGGUCCAGAGUGUGAGCACAUAACCACUCGUGCACUCGUCUUCCCUUGCAUCAACAAUGGCUUGCAGUGGAUAACGCAAGGACGUGAUUCUGACCUCCAGCCUUCACUGGCCAAACCACCUAAUGUACAUCCAGCAGGAGUUGCUGCACUGAAGGAGGCUUCAAGCAUACAGAUCCUGAUCACAGGAAGCCUGCACCUUGUAGGCGGGUGCCUAAAACUUCUUGACCAGUCGUUAUCUCAGUGAUUUUUUUUUAGACUUUGCUCUAAGGACCUAAUAUGGAGGAAGUGUUGACUAGGGGGAUCUGUUUCUAUGUCUGUUGUACUGGACAUUAUUCAGAUACAAAGUAUUUUGAUAUAAAAGAGCUAACACUAAGGCAGAGGCGAUGAUAUUGACAGUUUGGAAUCUCAUUUCACCAGAAAGUACUUAGCAGCCAUGGGAUAAUCUAAAAUCAUAGCUUUCUCUUGCAGGUUUGUGUGUGAAGCAUAGACCAGGCUUUUAUGUCUAAUGGCAUAUAUUAGUUAAAUUUUUGCAUAUGAAAUAUUUAAAAGAAAAGGUCUUGCAUUUUAUGGGUCUUAAAAACUGGAAAAUAAACUUGGUGCAAAAUAGUAGAGUAGUUCAUUCCUGUUGUCACUGAUGUGACUGAGAAUAGUUGCACAAUACUUGACAUAACUCACCCUCUGAUUUUUCUUUUUAUUCUGGGAAGUGCAUAAUUUCUUGGAGAUUCGCAGUGGCAUUCAAAUGUUUGUGUGGGGGAGAUGGAACACUUUAUGACUUCAUGAUUUUCCAGCUGGGCCUGCCUUUUCAGCUUUUCAAUUGAAUGGCUUCAGAAUAAACUAGAAAUAAAGAACAGGGAUUUGGAAAAAAAAGCACAGUCAGUGAAACAGUCACCCAGAUAAUUUGUAAAGAAAGAUGAUUGCUACUAAUUAUAGUUAUGAAUUGCAAACCAAAAGUCCAGGAUGAUUUUUAAUUCAUAAGCCUACAGUAUAGUUCAUGUAAAAGUAGGAGUUGGUUCACUGCUAGAUAUGGUUCAGUGCAGAAAGCAGUGGGCAGGAGAUAUCCGUUUUUCCUGGUUGUCAAAUAGGUAGAGGCUCCCUCAACAGCCCACUUAGGGUAGGAGAAUAGUCAACCUACUGCGAGAAUGCUUGCAGACACCCAGUGCCCCUUAGAUAGCACCAUUCCAAACCUGUGACCUCUAUCAUUUAGAUGAAUAAGAGCAGCAGAUACAUGGAAGUACCGUAACUUGAGAAUUCUUCUCCAUACUAUACUGAUUUGAAACUGUAAUCGCUGCUCCUUCAAUGUUGUGUGGACGCACUUACCCUACCAUGGACUGUGGCAUUUCAAGAAGGUCCCUCACCAUCAUUUACAGGUGGACAAUGAGUGCUGGCUUGGCCAACGAGGCUUACAUAUCUUGGAAAAAUUAAGGAAGUCUUCCGUAGCACAACGAAGAGGCAUUCAAUGUAGUUUAAUGUCGAAAUAAAUCUUUAUUCCCUUUAUACUCGGUGCUCUUAUACACACUAUCACGAAAUUAUACAUGACCUGUAAAUCUCCCAUGUUUUUGAAUUGAUUAAUCUAUACGCAAAGCUUGGUAAGACCAUCUAAGGUGAAGCAGAGGACUGGGAGGUUGCAAGUUAAUUUUGUCUUGUACAUUUUCAGAUUCACCUGUGGAGUACAUGAUAUAAUCUUUUAACUCCUAGUUCAAACCCAUCCGUUCACAAGGUAGUCUUCCUUAUCCAGAGGUUCCAAGCCUGCUGUUAUUGGGAUGUGAUCCUGUUCCCGCUAUCACAUGAUAAUGAAGAACAUGCAAAGACCAACUGCUGCAUUCAACAUGUUCUAUGUAAUGAUGAUGCCUCUUGUAUAAUGGUAAAGUCACAAUCUAUUCAAAUGGAUCAAUAUAAUCUCUUUGGGGAGGGUAAUUAAAAACCAAGACAGUUGGAAGUAAAUAUAUUUCUCAUCACUGUGGUUACAUUCCUAGCAUUUUGCAGUGGUGAGUGAUCAUGUGAACAAAAUGUAGUUUGGCUAGAUGUCUGUAUGUGCAAUUCUAGGGCAUGGUGUGUUUCAGUUAAGAUUUGCUACAAAGUAGCAUUGCUGGGAGCCUGAUGUAAAUUAUCUCUUAGAUUUUUAACUGCUAAUCUUGCAGAGCAUCAUCAUCUAAGAUUUGCAUGUACUUAGCCACAAACUCUGAGACAGCAUGCUGCCAGACAAUCUGUAUACUGAUCAUGUUCUUUCUUUUGCAUUGGUGAUAAAAUAUAGUAUUGUAUACUUUAACUAAAGAUCCUCUGCUUCAGAAAACGAAGGAUGCUGUCUUAAAAACAGGAAUGUAAGCUUAGUGCAAAAUAGUGGAGUGAUUCAUUCCUGUUGUCACUGCUACGACUGAGAUCAGUUGCACAUGAAUACUUGAGAUAACUUGCCCUCUGAUUUUUCUUUUUAUUCUGGGAAGUGGAUUAUUUCUGGUAAAUACACAGUGGCAAUCGGAUAUCAGUGUGUAGGGGAGUUGGAACAUUUCUGUAUGCAUUGUGAGAUUGUCCAGAUGGGCCUGCCUUUUCAGUUGAAUGGUUUCAAAAUAAACAGUAAUAAAAACGAACAGGGAUGUGGAGAAAAAAAGCAAAAUCAGUGAAACAGCCACCUAGAUAAUUUGUAAAGAAAUUCUGUAAACUGCUAAUCUUAAUUUACUAAAUUCACACCAGGGAAAUUAAUCCUCAAUUGGUCAAGGUGUUGCCAUGCUGCUGCAGCAGGGAUUGACUAUCUCCAUAGCCCUUUCCUCAUUGGGGAAGAAUGUUGCUACUAUGUGUGAACAUGUUCCUUUCGGUCUACAAAGACCUUGAGAGUAAUGAUUUAAUAAGUAUUGUCAAAUAGCUGAAUCAUGUCAAGUUGGACAUACUUCUGAGUUUUACAGGAUUGGGAAAAUGCUUGAUAAAAUGCAUGCUGUGGACAGCCCAUGGUCAUCAAUCAUUCAGUACUGGUUUGAAUUUAAGAUUGACAGUGAACAGUUCCUACAGUACCUUCAUUGCCAACCAUGCUGUAGAAAUUAUUGUUCCCCUCUGAAUUUGGUUUUCUUUUGUUUCAAUCUGAGUAACUAUAAGACAAAAAGCUUUGACGACUUGUCUCUAUUUAGCACUGUUUAAGUUCUGUAUUAUUGUGAAUAUAUUUCAGUUUUGUCAUGGUUUGGUUUGGUUUCUCCUUCUGAUUACAGUAAGCAUUUGCAAGCUCCGUCACUAAUUCUUUAUCAUGCAGUAGGCUCGUAAUCAUCACACUGUCAGCAUGGGAGUUCACCAAGCAAAGAUGUAUGUCCUUUCCAUAAAGACUAGGAAGGUAGGAGAUAUCUAGCAGAGGUUCUGCUAUUCUUUUCUUAGCAAUCAGCUGUAAAGUAGCCUUGAGUUGGGUCUUAGACUAGUGUUUUGAGAGUAAUGGCAUGAAUGGAAUCGUUAUUUAAACUUAAAAACUUAGAGCUUAUGAACUGAUUUCUGAAAUAAGUGGCUGGAUACUGUAACCAUAUUAGACUGGAUAAAACCUUUGGUUGUCGCUGCCUGCAGAUGAAAGAUAUUAUUUCUCAAAACAGGCAGCUUUAGUAAGUCAUCCUAAACAGUGACUGUUCAACAAUAACAGGAAAUUAUUUAAGAGCAACUGUCAAAUGCUCAAUUAUAUCGUGGAAAAAUAUCAUUUUACUGUGUACUUAAUUAGAUGUACAACUGCUGCAAACAAUCUGAUGCAUUAACUGUUUGAGUGCUCUUAAGCUAUGAAGGAAACAUUAUUGUGAGGCUUAGUUCCCUAUAUUCUCACUUAGUAUUAAUAUCCAAUUGCAAACUUUGCCACAAUUUUCUAUAUACCUUGCACCUUAACAAGGAAAAUAAUACCUCGUACAUGAAACAUUGUUUUUCUUUGUAACAUGAACUGUUGACAACAUGAAAAUAAUGGGGAACUGCAUCAGUAUUUUUGCAUUCUGUUAUGGACCAAAAACAUUUUAAGAAGGUAGCCCAGACCUUAACUUUUCUAGUUGUUUUAGGCAGACAUAAGGUGGAUAACCAGGAGGGAUGCAGCUGGUCAAACCACUUGGCUUCAAGUCAAACAAUUUAUUUACACACCACCGAAUGAAACGGAAACAAAAGAAAACAGAAAUUAGAAUAACAAUAAUUUAAUAACCUGAGUGACACGAUAUCCCCUGCGACUUAACAAAGAGCUGAUAUGAUUUCCUGCAACAUCUCAUAAAUACACCUCAUGGCAAAAAGGUAAACUCAAACACAGGAGUGAGAGAUGGCAGGGAGAAUGAGCCAGGGAUUAUUUGCUGAAGCAUGGAACCUCUUUCCACUGCAGCAGCUUCUGUGGGUUUCCAGCUAAAACUAAACCAAACCAGAAAAAUCUGGAAGUGGCCGCUCCCCUUUCAUAGAACAACUAGUAACCCUAAAAAAGCAUUUUCCAAGAUUGUUGCCUUGGGCAGUAUCUGUUAGCCAUUAGCAAUAACCCCAAGACCCAGACAAAUUGAAACCUCAGCCUUUUACAACCCCUCUUAAAAAAACAAGGAUAACAUAACUUUGUUAAAGGAUCAGCAUUUCACAUUUACAUGUGAAAUGACAAUUUUAUGUACAAAGCUGGCUCAUGAGUACGUGUGGGAUCUGUUGCUGUUACUUGGAUUUUAUACUUGGAAAAUCACAAAACGUUGUGCCAUAAAAAAUGAAUAACCAACAGCCAAAGCCUGUUAAUGGAGACAGGUGAUUUAGAUACUAGAAACAUCUGCACUGUCCCAAUGUGCACACAAGGCUGUCACUCAUGUUUUGAUACUUAAGAAUCCUGCUAUGAAAGCAACGUUAAGUAGAUAUUUUCAGUAACCCCAGAGUUCUCUUCCAAUGAUUUGAAUUGACUGAUGCCACUGAUAAGUUAAUGACAAUAUAUGUAUUAUCUGGGUGGCUCUAAGAUGCAAAUUGAAUAAUUAACAUGGAAAA